AUGACUGUCACAGAGCGCAAGUGGUGGAAAGAUGGCGUCGUCUACCAGAUCUACCCCGCCUCGUUCAAGGACUCCAACGGCGAUGGCAUUGGCGACUUGAACGGUAUCCUCUCUGAGCUGGACUACAUCCGCUCCAUUGGCGUGGACACCAUCUGGAUAUGUCCCAUGUACGACUCUCCGCAGGUGGACAUGGGCUAUGACAUCCGCGACUACGAGAAAGUGUACCCUCCCUACGGCACAAACGAAGACAUGGAGAGGCUCAUCGCCGAGACGCACGCUCGCGGCAUGCGCAUCGUCCUCGACCUGGUUGUAAACCACACUUCUGAUCAGAUAAGUACAAGCACGCCUGGUUCCAGGAAUCCCCGCUCCUCAAAAGACAACCCCAAGCGCGACUGGUACAUCUGGCGGCCUGCCCGCUACGUGGACGGCAAACGCUGCCCGCCCAACAACUGGCUGGGUAACUUCGGCGGCUCCGUCUGGAUGUGGGACGAUCACACGCAGGAGUACUACCUGCACCUCUUCUGCCCCGAGCAGCCGGAUCUCAACUGGGAGAACCCCGUCACGCGGCAGGCGAUCUACAAGUCUGCGAUGGAGUUCUGGCUCGAGCGCGGCGUCGACGGGUUCAGAGUUGAUACCGUGAAUAUGUACAGCAAGGGCGAGAUGGGGGAGAUGAACGAGGUGCUGCAGCGGUACGACGCCAUGACUGUGGGAGAGUGUCCUAACACGCCGGACAUGGCGCGCGUGGUCAAAUACGUGUCUGCCAAAGAACGCCAGCUUAACAUGGUGUUCCAGUUUCAGGACGUAGUCGACAUCGGCCAAGGCCCCUACAAAUUCCAAACCACACCUAAGAACUACACCCUCCCGCAAUUCAAGCGCGCCAUCGCAACAACACAGUCCCUCCUCCGCCUCUCCCCAGACGCCUGGACAACCGUCUUCCUCGAAAACCACGAUCAGGCCCGCUCCAUCACGCGCUUUACUUCUGACGCGCCAGAGCACCGCGUCGCAGGCGGGAAGCUGCUCUCCCUGAUGAUGUGCGCGCUGUCCGGCACGCUGUUCAUCUACCAGGGGCAGGAACUCGGCAUGACGAACUUCCCGCUGAGCUGGGACAUGUCUGAAUACAAGGACGUCGACUCGAGUAAUUACUAUAAGAUGGUUGCGCAGCGCAGCGGCAACGAUCCGCAGAAACUUGCUGAGGCGAAGGCUAGUCUGCAGCAUCUUGCGCGGGACCACGCGCGCGUGCCGAUGUCGUGGAGUACCGCUCCGUCCAACGGGUUUUCCCCCGCGGAUAGUAAGGCUGAGCCGUGGAUGCGGCCGCUCGAGGACGCACAAGUGUGUAAUGCGGAGCAGCAGCGGGGGGAUAAGGCGUCUGUGUUGGCGUUUUGGAAGAGGAUGCUUGCGCUGAGGAGACAGUUCAACGACCUUCUUGUUCAUGGGGAGUUUGACGAUCUGGAUGAGUCUAAUCCUGACUUGUUUAUCUUCAGCAAGACGUGGCAGGGGAGGAAGGCGCUUGCGGUGUGUAAUUUCACGGAUAAGGUGCAGAGUCUCGACUUGCCUGAGGGGGUAAGGAAUGGGAAGAGGGAAUUGUUGGUCUCGAGUGCGGACCGGGGGACGAGGGGAGAUGGGGGCUUGGGAGGGGCGCGUGUAUCUGCUCUCGUAAAGGUCGUAGGUGGACUGUCCGGGUUGAGGGAUGGUUAG